AUUAAUGAACGUUUCAAGCUUUCACCCUUUCUCUGUGCUCCCGAGGUGAGCUUCUUUGAUUAAACGUCGCCGCGGAAAAUGAUAAUUCACGCCCAAAACAUCGCCGAUUUUAAGCCCUUCCUCUCGCGCCCCUCCUCCCUUCCCCACGGCGGACCAAGAAUCCAACUCUCCGACCAUCCUUCGUCGGCGAGCCGCCCCACAAAGCCCCUCUGCGCUGGGCUCCCGAGAGAUCCCGCCGCCGUAGAUGCCGAGAGCCAGGCCGAGCCCCGCCAGAUCCUCACCGGGAAGCGACGGGAGUUCCUUCUCCUCCCAUCAUUGGCUGCUGCGACGGGUCUCCUUCUUUCGAUCCCCGCCGCCAGAGCGGAGCAGAGAGCCUCUGAUUCCCCCGCCGCCGUCGCCGCCGCCGGAGCGGAGUCCGGGACCGCCACCGGAGGUGUGGAAAAGGAGAAGAAGGAGGAGGGGGAGGUGGCGAUAUCGUCCAGGGUUUAUGACGCCACGGUGAUCGGGGAGCCUCAGGCGGUGGGGAAGGACAAGAGCAGGGUGUGGGAGAAGUUGAUGAGCGCUCGGGUUGUCUAUUUAGGGGAGGCCGAGCAGGUUCCCGAUCGAGACGAUAGGGUUUUGGAGCUGGAGAUUGUUAAAAAUCUUAGAAGCCGAUGCAUUGAACGGCAGCGAACAAUCUCUGUGGCUUUGGAAGCCUUCCCUUGCACUCUCCAAGAACAACUCAAUCAGUUCAUGGAUGGAAGAAUUGAUGGCGGAGGCUUAAGAUCUUAUACCUCUCACUGGCCACCUCAGCGCUGGCAGGAAUAUGAACCUCUUUUAAAUUACUGUCGUGAUAAUCAAAUCAAGCUUGUUGCUUGUGGUACACCACUUGAGGUGUUCAGAACUGUUCAAGCUGAAGGGAUUCGAGGCCUUUCCAAGACAGAACGGAAGUUAUAUGCUCCUCCAGCUGGUUCAGGUUUCAUUUCUGGCUUCACAUCCGUCCCAGGCAGGUCACUGAUAGACAAGAUUUCAUCAAAUCAAUCUGUUACGUUCGGUCCUAGUUCAUAUCUAUCUGCACAGGCAAGAGUUGUUGAUGAUUACACAAUGUCUCAGAAUAUCAUGCAAGCAAUAAUUGAGCGAGGUUCUGCAGGCAUGCUUGUAGUUGUAACAGGUGCAAGCCAUGUCAUUUAUGGAUCGAGAGGGAUUGGGAUUCCUGCUAGAAUAUCCAGGAAGCUGCAAAAGAAAAACCAAGCUAUCAUAUUGCUUGAUCCUGAAAGGCAACAGAUACGCAGAGAGGGUGAAAUCCCUAUUGCUGAUUUCUUGUGGUACUCUGCUGCUAAACCUUGCAGCAGAAAUUGCUUUGAUCGUGCUGAAAUCUCUCGAGUAAUGAAUGCAGCUGGUCAGAGGCGAGAAGCUUUACCUCAGGACCUUCAGAAAGGACUGGAUCUUGGUGUGGUAUCACCUGAAAUACUGCAGAACUUUUUCGACCUUGAGCAAUAUCCUCUUAUUUCAGAACUUAUUCACCAGUUCCAAGGUUUCCGGGAAAGAUUACUAGCAGAUCCCAAAUUUCUGCAUAGAUUAGCCAUAGAAGAGGCUAUAUCAAUAACAACCACCCUCUUAGCACAAUAUGAAAGACGCAAAGGACGUUUUCUUGAAGAAAUUGACUAUGUUCUUACUGAUACGAUCAGAGGUUCGGUUGUUGAUUUCUUCACUGUGUGGCUUCCUGCCCCUACCUUGUCAUUCCUCUCUUACGCUGAUGAUAGCUCUCCCCCUGAGAACUUGGAAUUACUGAGUGGUCUACUAAGAUCUUUCCCAGACAAUGCCUUUCAAAAAAACACUGUUGGAAAGGACUGGAAUCUGACUCAGAGAUUUGCAUCAGUAUUUAUUGGUGGCCUCAAACUUUCUGGAGUGGGGUUUAUCUCUAGUGUUGGGGCUGGAGCUGCUUCAGAUGUUUUAUAUGCUAUCCGCCGAAUUCUGAGGCCUGCAUUCACUGUGAAUGAAAAACGCAAAAGGUCUCCCAUAUUCAAGUCUGCAAUUAUAUAUGGAUGUUUUCUUGGAACGUCAGCUAAUCUGCGGUAUCAGGUUAUUGCUGGAAUAGUGGAGCAUCGGCUUUCAGAUGGAUUAUUAUCUUAUCAACCAUUACUUGCAAAUAUCUUGUCUUUCAUUGUUCGCACAGUCAACUCAUACUGGGGAACACAGCAAUGGGUCGAUCUUGCACGAUUCACAGGAUUACAACCACAUAAGAAAGAAGUGAUCUCUGAUCAGGUUUCUGAGACGCCUGACAGCCCACUACUGGAAUGCAGCCCUGCUGAGAUAAACAGUGGAGAUGAAGGCAGUAGUCGGUCAGGUGACAGCCCUACUUAACAGGACAAGCCAUUUAGUGAUGCAUCAUCAUCAUCAUUAACAAAAGUUUUUGGGGAUAAUCUGCCAGAAACUGCUAUAUUUGAGGUUGAUUUUCUGAGGCCAUGGGAUCUGAGUUUGGCCUGAUACGGUGUGCGAAUAUUUUGGUCAGAUAAGUUGACACAUCUUCGUUUGCUUGAUAUAGAAGUCUAAAACAUCCACAGAUUUAAUUCAUCUUUCAAGGAUGAUGGAAAAGUUUUCCCACAGUGAAAAAACUAUCCUUUGGAGAUGGUCUUGCUGCUUAAAGAAAAGAUGGCAAUUCUCAACUUUGUUGUUCUGUUUGUAUACAUUGCAUUCCAUAGUUCAAGACCUACGAGCAUAUCGGCGCAGUGGCAUAGGGACAUAAUGAAAAAUGCAGUCUCUGUUGUGGAUACAAUAUAACUAGUAAUGAAUUAUUUUUGUCAGGCUCACAUCCGGUUCCUUUUUUUUUUUCUUUCAACCUUUCAGCCCAAAGUUAAUUCUGCUUGAGUAGAUUGACAAUUCAGUUCUAAAAUGACAACUAAGCAAUGGACACUGCUUUUCUAUAUCAAUUUCAAACAGAUCAAAUUAGAUCGGUUUAUUGGUAAAAGAUUAUUAUAGAGUUUGUUCUUAUGUAGAUGGAAAAAAAUAUAUGCGCAUGAAAUAAAUUCAAUUGACA